AUGUUGAAGAUCGUAGAUGCUGUGGUCAGCCAAGGAAACUUAGUGCAGCAGAUGAGACACAUCAAGCUUAUUACCCUUCGGAAUUGGAAGAUGUGCAGCAGUGCCAUCAGGUCACAACUGGCAGAAACCAGUAGGACCCAGGUACACCCAUCUACUAUCUGGAGAAGUCUGGUCAGAAGUGGUCUUUAUGGAAGAGUUGCAGCCCAAAAGCCAUACCUCCGACGUAGAAACAAGGCCAAGCGACUCAAAGAGGAUAGGGACCACUUCAGACGAAAAGGGUUUCUUCCCCCUCCACAUGUGAGAGAACGCUCACCAGGUAAAAGGGAACCUGCUUUCUUCCGAGAAUCCCCAGGGAGUCAUCGAGAAUCCCCUCAUAGCCAUUCUGGAUCUAGUGUCAGUAGUAGAAGCUAUUCACCUGACAAAGUCAAGCCAUAUUCAUAUCAGGCUCUGUACAACAAAUGCAGGGAAAGGCUAAGUAAUCGUUCCGUAAAUACUUCGAGGGAUACGUCCCCACUCAGCCCCACAGGUCAAUCCACUUCAAAGUUGUCAGUAAGUUCAGAUAAAAUCAACAAUCCUUCACCUACUUCAGAGCCCGCUACUGAGGAACCUGUUGUCACUCAAGACACAUCUGCUGAAAUCAGGUUUAAAGAUGCUCCUCCAGAAAAGGACACAAGGCGAAAGAUUGAGGAAGAGCAUGAAAAACCACAGAGCAGCCAGGACAGCAUCAAUCAAUCUGAAAAUGAUUCCUUGAAUGAAAGAUCUAAAGUGAUUGCAGCAAAAGCAAAAGAGAUUGAAAAGGUUUAUAGACAGGAUUGCGAAACCUUUGGAAUGGUGGUGAAAAUGCUGAUUGAUAAAGAUCCAAGCCUUGAGAAGCAAAUUCAGGUCCCUCUGCGAGAGAAUCUACGUGACAUUGGGGAGCGUUGUAUCGAAGAGCUUAAGCAGUUUAUAGUUGACUAUGACUCUUCUGUUGCAGGAGCUGCUGUGCAGCAAGAAUGAGAGUUGUUUUUCAUAUUUGCAUUGCUAAAACUUUGUAAAUAACCUCUUGAUUGGAAAGUAAUAUUUCUUGACUAUGGGGAAAAUAAUUACUUUUUAUAGAAUGAAAGGAUUAGUUUUGGCUGAUGGUAUAAAUUCAGUCACAACAUUUAUAUAUAAAGAGCUAUUAUUGUGUAGUAAAAUUCAUAAAACUGUUUUAUACUGUUAUUUUUGUUCUCAUUAGAAUCCAAAAGUUGUCAUAUUAUAUUGACAUGGCAGAUUAUGUAUGGUAUGUGUUUUUUUCCUCCUCAAGUCAUAAUAAAAAUAUUUAUAUAUAUAUAUAUAAUAUAUAAAAAUAUAUAUAUAAUAUGG